UAUGGAUGGAUAGAUUUUCGCCCUACUGAGCAGCAGGAUUUAGUGUGAAAAUCCAAUUCCUCAAAUUCAAUUUAUAUGUUUACGAAAAAACGAUAUUAUUGCAAUGGCCAAUGAAAUUAAGGAGAUGUUACGAUUGCGUCGCCGUAACCAAGACGUGAUUGGUUUACGUGAAAACUGACAGCUGACAAUGACCAAUGAAAUACACAGAAGACGUCACCUGACAGGGAGGAGGCGUCGCUAACAGUUCCCAGUAAAGUGAUUUGUUUCAAAAAGGUUAAACCAUAAAUCAUUUGAAAUAAAUGAUAGAAAUGAAAGUAACAGGAAAAGGCGCACCGCCUUCCCCCACAGAGCGCUGACCAUGGCGAUGGACGUGACGUUCCUGGGUUCGGGCUCGGCGUAUCCGUCCCCACACCGCGGCGCCUCGGCCCUCGUUCUCCGUAACGAGGGCGACUGCUGGCUCUUCGACUGCGGCGAGGGAACGCAGACGCAGCUGAUGAAAAGCCAGCUCAAAGCCAGCCGCAUCACAAAGGUGUUUAUCUCUCACCUGCAUGGUGAUCACCUGUUUGGACUGCCUGGCUUGCUGUGUACUGUGAGCCUUAGCUUUCCUCCCCUUCAGUCACAGCCAUCAGUCUUGCCUGAGUCACACACACAGUCCCAUUCAUCUGUUCAUGUUGACAUUUAUGGCCCCCGUGGCCUUAGACAGUUCCUUCGUGUGGCCCUGGGGCUGUCAGCAUCCCAGCUGCUGUUCCGAUAUGCAGUGCAUGAGUUGGAGCCUACUGCGGACCAGUGUCCCCCUGAGGGUCAAAUAGGUUUCAUGACCGCACCUCCCACUGAUGACCAUCUGCACCCCCAGGAAGUUCUUGGUAGAACCAUAUCCUUGUGUCAGGCAGAUGGCUGCUACACUCUCUUGGAGGAUGAGCGUGUUGUGGUGAAGGCAUUCCGGCUCUUUCACCGCCUGCCAUCAUUUGGGUUCUCGGUGCAGGAACGAGAGAGGCCUGGACGACUGAAGACACAGCUGUUGAAGCAGCUUGGACUGAAACCAGGACCGGACUAUGGGCGCCUGAAAAACGGGGGAUCUGUGACAUUGGAGGAUGGCCGAGUGGUGACCUCGAAAGAGGUUCUGGAGGAGCCCGUCUGUGGACGGAAGGUGUGCAUCCUAGGGGACUGCAGUGCGUUGGUGGGUGAGGAAGAUGCGCUGCGUGUGUGUAGAGGUGCUGAUUUGCUUAUCCAUGAAGCCACACUGUCUGACGAGCAACAAGAACGGGCGGUGGAGCAUGGCCACAGUACACCCAGCAUGGCGGCAGCCUUGGCCCGAGCCUGUCAGGCACAUAAGCUGGUGCUGAAUCACUUCAGCCAAAGGUACAAGCCAGUCAGCCAGUGUAAGGAGGGUGAAGAGGAGAAUGUGCUGGACCUGAAGAAGCAGGCUGAGGAGGCGCUGGAGGGCACCAAUGUGGAGGUGCUACUGGCAGAGGACUUCCUAACACUGACCAUACCUAUCAAGAGACUCACAAAAUGAAAAAUUAAUUUACAUUUUUCAUUGCAUUUACUUUUGCAUUAAAAAUCUGGGUUUUUCUGUUGAGUUCUCUGGACAGAUUCAGAUGAAAAUGAACUUUAGAAUGACAUCAUCGGUGUGUAUGCAUGGUUGGUGCUUGGUAUAUUAAGCUGAAAUUUAAAUUUUGGCCAAAUUUUAACCUGCAGUUUUUCUCUAGUUUUAUCUCUGUAUUUGUAAUAAACAUUUUCAUGUAUGGUAGAAUUUUGUGAGUUGACCGGAAGAUAUUUUUAGAGGUGGAACUCUUCACAUUACUGUUUUAGAAACAACCAAAAAAGUUCCAUAAAUCACUUUCGUGGUUAUUAAAUUGAGAUUUUUACCUCUGUGAGACCUUUGUAAAGUAUCCCAACACAAAUGUGCUAUCAUUCAACUGGCAUCUGAAUAGUAACGGUGCUAAAGAAGUAUGAGGAACUAGUCUGUACACCUUUUGUGUUUCUCCA